AUGGUGCUAAGAAUGGCGAUACUCAUUGACGAUGCCGGCGAAACGUUUGGGAAUAUAUCAUUUCCACGAUUCUACUUUGGAAAUGAUCAUGCAGACAAUGGACUCCGUAUUAGGUGCGUUCCUCUAAGUCUUCCUACCAAUAUGACUAAGUUGCGAAAACAAGAUCAAACAACCUUUAUGGGUGACAAUGAGAUAAAUCAGCUUAAUUUGAUUAUCAAUCUCUGCGGGUCAAUUACACCUGAUGUCUGGCCAGGUGUCCAGCGACUAGAGACUUUUCGUGAGGCGCGCCUUCCUCAGGAUAUUCGGCGUCAUGUCAAGGAGCGUCUUACAACUAAGAUUCCUUGUCCGUCUGCUGUUGAUUUGAUUGACCGCCUUCUGGUAUUAGACCCUUCCAAGCGCCUGGAUGCGGACCAGGCUCUCUCUCAUGAUUACUUUUAUGAAGACCCCCCUCCAGGUGACUUGAGGGGUUUUUCGAAAUCAGGAACUUCAUAUCUAGAAUUCCUCUCCUCUGCUAACUCUGCCAGUGCUCGAGCGAGAAAUAUUUUAGUUUCUGCCGGUCCUGAAUCCAGCAGGCAACUUAUCACCACGUGCGCACCUCCUCCACCCUUACCACAACCUCUUAUCCCACUAUCUGGGGUUCAGAUACUUGCUCCUCCUGGGCUUUCUGUCACGGGCGUCCAUCGUGGCAGUCGAGGGACUGGGAAUACCGGAGGGCCCUCUGGCACGCAUAUGAUCAACCUGAGCAUGAAACGGCGUCCGGCUGCAACAGGGACAGGAGCUGAGGAUAUUAUGCAUUAUGAUAGAGUAUUCUGA